AUGGAGGUGGCACACAACGCCUCAACCGUCAACAGUAUGUUCUCAGGAGCAAUGUUCGCCCCACUAGUCUGCGGUCUGUUGUUCGGUCCAGCUUUCGCACAGGACGUCCCUCAGAAUGCUCUCGUGGUUGAUAGACUCAAGCUCAAUGCUUUGGAGACGGUACAACCGCCGUCGGUGGAGAACCUGACCACCGUCUUCCUACCGCCUGGGAUCACUGAGGAGGACGCAAAGUCCAAGCCCUUCCAUGUCUACGACGAGGCUUUCCUUGACAUAAUUGGAUCCCGCCCAACACUAAAUAUCAUUGCCACCAGUGAAGAGGACCCGAUCUUCCAUGAAGCCGUGGUCUGGUACCCAACCACAGACGAGGUUUUCUUCGUCCAAAAUGCUGGGGCUAUGGCCGCUGGGACUGGGUUGAACAAAUCCAACAUCAUUCAGAAGAUCUCGCUACCAGCUGCACAAGCAUUUGCCAAUGGCACGAACCAGACUGCUGAGGUCGAAGUCACCACCGUCAGCCCGGAACCCAACGUAAUUAACUCCAACGGCGCAACCAACUUCCGAGGCCAGCUGAUCUUCACUGGCGAAGGCCAAGGAGAUGAUAUUCCGUCUACAUUAUAUCUUAUGAACCCCAAAGAACCAUACAACACCUCAGUAUUGGUCAACAACUACUAUGGCCGCCAGUUCAACUCCCUCAACGACGUUGCCAUCAACCCCCGCAAUGGUGAUAUCUACUUCACGGAUUCCCUUUAUGGCUAUUUACAGGACUUCCGUCCGCCACCGUCCAUCCCCACGCUGGUAUAUCGCCUCAACGCCGACACCGGCGCUCUCUCCGCAGUGGCCGAUCAAUUCGACAAGCCCAAUGGACUCACAUUCUCUCCCAACGGCUCCUACGCUUACGUGACCGACACGGGCGCAGCCCUGGGCUUCUACGGCUUCAACUACUCCUCUCCAGCUACUAUCUACCGCUACAACGUCGAAGAAGACGGCACUUUCUCCUCCCGCAAGACGUUCGCGUACGCCUCGCCAGGAUUCCCGGACGGCAUCCAUUGCGACACCAACGGCAAUGUCUACGCCGGUGUCGGUGACGGCGUGCACGUGUGGAACGAGGCGGGCCUGCUGCUCGGCAAGAUCUUUACAGGCCAGACGGUGGCGAACUUCCGGUUCAUCGGAAGUGGGCGCAUGGUCAUCGCUGCGGAGACAGAGCUGUUUUACGCCACGGUCGCGGCGGCGGGGGCGGAUCCGGAGGAUCAGUAUUAG